UCCUUGGGUAUUAUCGAUCACGAUGUCCUAGCGGCCACCACGUUAGGCACCCAAUCGUUAGCAUAAAAGUCUUCGUGGUGCCCGUGAAAACAAGCCAUCUAUACCCCUGCCCUUCCAAUCCUUCCCCACACAUACCGGUAGAAGCACAGGCUAUGGUCUACAUCACAACUAAUCGGCCGCUUGGAGCAUCUGUCCACCUAGAUCGUGGAUCUCUUUACGUCUGCACUGUUCCGCUGCUCAGCGGAAAGUUCCACUGGUCUUUGAUCCAUAUCACCGAGACUGGGGUUGCCACUCGUCAUCAUUGGGCAGCAGUUGGUGCCAAUCCCCAAGGAAGAGAAACAUAUGUCAAACAAACUUUGCCAAGGGGACCGCUCACGGCUUCCGCGACCCAGAUCCUAGGCUACUUUAAGGUGACGGCAUACCGGACUGGCAACGGUGUCGUUCGGGACCCAGAUGGAUUCUGGGAAGUCUGCAAGUCAGUCUUCCCGCAGAGCUACCCAACUGCGGAGGAGAACAGGCAACACAAUAUUUCCUGCAGGACGUGGGUGACUAACGUCCUGCAGGGUCUUGGCAUAGCAAGGGCGCAGGCCCUAAAAGUGGAGCAGGCUGUGACAUCCCACAGCCAGGCCUGCGAGACACGGUACUUGAGAUCUUACCUUAACAGCGAGCCAUAUCAGAUUGUGAUCGAUGAGAUUUGACCGGUAGUUUGAUGUUUCAUCGGGCAGUAGUAUACCUAUGGGACACUUGGUUUGGGUACCGCGGUUUAUACUUAUCGGCUGGCACCGUACUUCGCUAUCCCCAACUAGGCGGUUUCUCGACUUGCCUUGCACGGGAACCUCUUCCGCACGCAAUACUUACAAUAGAUUAAGGUACUAUAGGGGGUAUACAAGUACGCCGUCUAAGGAAGCA